AUGGGACCUCACCAUCGGAUGGAUGGAAGAGCAGCAACUGCUUGCAAACUGCUCAUAUUAUUCACUGCAUGCAUGAUGCAGGGCAGUUGCCAAGGGUGUGAGCGGGGGCAGUUCCGCUGUGGCGACGGUCGCUGUGUCCCUGCAGAUUGGAGGUGUGAUGGGGCCAGAGACUGCUCGGAUGACACAGAUGAAGCCGGCUGCCCACAACCUACCUGUGAAGGAAAUCAAUUUCAGUGUCAGACUGAUGGCGAAUGUAUUCCACAGUCAUGGGUUUGUGAUGAUGAGGAGGAUUGUGAAGAUGGCUCAGAUGAACAUCAACAAUGUCCGGGGAGGACGUGCUCGAGCCAGCAGUUCACGUGCUCCAAUGGACAGUGCAUCCCCGGCGCGUACUGGUGCGAUCGCGUGCAGGACUGCACCGACGGGACAGAUGAAAGACUCUGCCACUACCCAAGAUGUGAACAGUUAUCAUGUGCAAAUGGAGCAUGUUUUAAUGCAAGCCAGCGAUGUGAUGGCAAAGUUGAUUGCAGAGAUUCUUCUGAUGAAGCUAAUUGCACUCGUGGAUGUACCAGUACGCAGUUCCAGUGUGCUAAUGGAGAGUGCAUCCCGCAGGCCUUUAUCUGUGACCAUGAUGAUGACUGUGGAGAUAGGAGUGAUGAAAACUCUUGCACUUAUGCAACUUGCAGAGGAAACUUCUUCACUUGCCCAAGUGGCCGUUGCAUUCAUCAGAGCUGGAUUUGCGAUGGAGAUGAUGAUUGUGAAGACAAUGAAGAUGAAAGAGGAUGUGAAAGUGGUCGCCAUGAAUGUUACCCAGGAGAGUGGGCCUGUCCUGGAUCAGGGCAUUGCAUUCCAAUUGGGAAAGUGUGUGAUGGAGCUGCAGACUGCCCUGAAGGAGAAGAUGAAACUAACAUCACUGCAGGCAGACACUGCAACGUAUCGCGCUGCGCUGCGCUGAGCUGUCAGUAUCGCUGCCAUUCCUCUCCGUCAGGAGGGAUGUGCUACUGCCCUGCAGGAUAUACAAUAAGCAGCAAUGACAGUCGUACCUGUGUUGAUUUUGAUGACUGUCAGAUGUGGGGUGUCUGUGACCAGCUGUGUGAAGAUCGUGUGGGACACCACCAGUGCCACUGUGUGGAAGGUUAUUUCCUCGAGCACCACCGGCAUUGUCGGGCCAACACUUCAGCUGGUGUUGCAUCGAUUAUUUUUUCCAAUGGCCGUGAUUUACUGAUUGGGGACCUUUAUGGAAGGAAUUUUCGUACUUUGGUGCAGUCACAGAAUCGUGGGAUUGCAGUGGGAGUGGACUUUCACUUUUACCUGCACAGAAUCUUUUGGACUGACACAGUGCAAGAUAAGGUUUUUUCUAUUAAUAUUGAUGGCUCUGAUUUCCAAGAAGUUUUAAAUAUUUCAGUUGACACACCUGAAAAUCUAGCAGUGGAUUGGGUUAACAAUAAACUCUAUGUGGUUGAGACCAGUGUGAACAGAAUAGAUAUGGUUAACUUGGAUGGGACAAACCGUGUGACUCUUAUUGCUGAAAAUCUUGGAAAUCCUAGAGGAAUAGCACUUGAUCCAACUGUUGGUUAUUUGUUUUUCUCAGACUGGGACAGUCUGUCUGGUGAUCCUAAAGUGGAAAGGGCCUUCAUGGAUGGCACAAAUCGUCAGGAUUUGAUAAAAACAAAAUUAGGCUGGCCUGCUGGCAUAACCCUGGAUAUUGUGUCAAAGAGGCUUUACUGGGUUGACAGCCGGUUUGAUUACAUUGAGACUGUAACUUAUGAUGGACUUCAAAGGAAAACAGUAGCUCAUGGAGGCUCACUGAUUCCUCAUCCAUAUGGAAUCACUUUAUUUGAACACAAUGUUUAUUUCACUGAUUGGACCAAAAUGGCAGUGGUGAAAGCUAACAAAUUUUCAGAGUCUAACCCUCAAGUGAUCUACCAGUCUUCACUGAGACCUUAUGGAGUGACAGUUUACCACGCUGCCCGGCAGCCAUUUGUAAGAAAUCCUUGUGGAAGUAAUAAUGGGGGAUGUGAACAGGUCUGUGUUCUCAGCCACAAAACAGAUAAUGAUGGCCUAGGUUAUCGCUGUAGGUGUAUUCUGGGCUUUGACCUACACGUGGAUGGACGACAUUGUGUUGCUGUGAGACAGUUUCUGCUGUUUUCAUCCCAGACGGCAGUGAGGGGAAUCCCAUUCAAUCUCUCCACCCAGGAAGAUGUGAUCAUUCCUAUAAUGGGGAGCCCUUCCUACUUUGUUGGAAUUGACUUCUCUGCUCAGGAUGACACAAUUUUUUUUUCAGACACAAGUAAAGACAUGAUCUAUAAACAGAAGACUGAUGGUUCAGGAAGAGAGAUUUUGACUGCUAAUAGAGUGGAAAGUGUUGAAGAUUUAGCUUUUGACUGGAUCUCAAAGAACCUCUACUGGACAGAUCCUCGAUACAGGAGCAUUAGUGUGAUGAGGCUGGCAGAUAAAUCCAGGAGAGCUAUUGUUCAGAAUUUAAAUAAUCCUCGUUCAAUAGUGGUUCAUCCUGUUAUUGGGUAUAUAUUCUGGACAGAUUGGUUCCGUCCGGCAAAAAUCAUGAGGGCCUGGAGCGAUGGAUCCCAUGCCUUGCCAAUUGUCAAUACAACACUAGGCUGGCCUAAUGGCCUCGCCAUUGACUGGAGUUCUCUGAGGUUGUACUGGGUGGAUGCUUUUUUUGAUAAAAUUGAGCACAGCACCUUUGAUGGGCUGGACAGACGGACUCUUGAACAUAUUACUCAGAUGACUCACCCAUUUGGCCUUACAAUUUUUGGAGGUUAUGCCUAUUUCACUGAUUGGAGACUUGGAGGAAUAGUUCGAGUAAGGAAGUCUGAUGGAGGAGAAAUGACUAUUAUUAGGAGGGGCAUUAGUAACAUUAUGCAUGUGAAAGCAUACGACGCUCAUUCCCAAAUAGGCUCUAACUACUGUAAUAGAGGAACAAAUCCCAAUGGAGACUGCAGCCAUUUCUGCUUCCCAGUACCAAACUUUCAGAGAGUUUGUGGGUGUCCUUAUGGCAUGAAGCUGGCUCCAAAUCAACUGGCAUGCGUUGAAGAUCCCUCCAAUGAGCCACCCACUUUGCAGUGUGGCUCCUACUCAUUUUCCUGUGGCAAUGGAAGAUGUGUGCCUCGACACUAUCAGUGUGAUGGUGUUGAUGAUUGCCAUGAUAACAGUGAUGAACAAAACUGUGGUUCUUUAAACAAUACUUGUGCUUCUUCAGCUUUUACCUGCGCCAGCGGACAGUGUAUUCCGGGUCACUGGCAUUGUGAUAAACACAAUGACUGUUUUGAUGGCAGUGAUGAAUUGCAUUGUCCUACAGAGGGACCCUCUUCAUGCCCUGCAACCCAGUUCACCUGUGAUAAUAGAAGAUGUAUUCCAAGAAUCUGGCUAUGUGAUACUGAUAAUGACUGUGGUGAUGGCUCAGAUGAAAAAAACUGCACUUUCACAGGUACUUGUGAACCCAGGCAAUUCCAGUGUCCAGACCAUCGCUGUAUUGACCCAUUCUAUGUCUGUGAUGGAGACAAAGAUUGUAUAGAUGGUGCUGAUGAGCAUGACUGCAUAUAUAACUGCAGUGCCACAGAGUUUAAAUGUUUAAGUGGAGACCAGUGUAUCAGCACCUACUACCAGUGUGAUGGUGUUUUUGACUGUAACGAUCACUCAGACGAGGCUGAUUGCCCUACAAGACCACCAGGGAUGUGCCACCAGCAUGAAUUCCAGUGUCAGUCAGAUGGCAGUUGUGUUCCUGAUAACUGGGAAUGUGAUGGCCAUGUUGAUUGUGCAGAUGGCUCAGAUGAACAUCAUAGGUGUCCUGCCAGAACAUGUCCUCCAUCGCUUUUCCGCUGUGACAAUGGCAACUGUGUGUACCGAGCGUGGAUCUGCGACGGGGACAACGACUGCAGGGAUAUGAGCGAUGAGCGAGAUUGUCCAACCCAGCCCUUCCGGUGCCCCAGCUGGCAGUGGCAGUGUCCAGGUCACAGUAUCUGUGUGAAUCUCAGCAAAGUAUGUGACAAUUCUGCUGACUGUCCUAAUGGAGCUGAUGAAUCCCCCUUGUGCAAUGAACCUCAGCCAGAUCAGGAAAGCUGCUCUGACAAUAAUGCUGGCUGCACUCAUGAAUGUAUUCAAGGACCUUUUGGAGCUCAGUGUACCUGUCCUAUUGGAUACCAGCUUGCAAAUGACUCCAAGACCUGUGAAGAUAUUAAUGAAUGUGACCCUCCAGGCUUCUGUAGUCAGCACUGUUACAAUGAGAGAGGAUCUUUUAGGUGUUAUUGUGAUGAAGGAUACAUUCUAGAAGCCAAUGGGAGGAUUUGUAAAGCAGCAGAAUCUGGGAAUCUUCUUUUGCUGGUAGCAAGUCGUAACCAAAUUGUUGUGGAUAACAUCACUUCUCAGUCACACAGUAUUUAUUCUCUGGUUCGGGAUGGGACAAAUAUUGUGGCUAUUGAUUUUGAUUCAAUCACAGAUCGUAUCUUUUGGUCUGAUACAACACAGGAUAAAAUUUGGAGUGCUUAUCAAAAUGGGACUGACCGAAAAAUAGUGUUCGACAGUGGUGUCACUGUGACUGAAAGUAUAGCAGUGGAUUGGGUGGGUCGUAACCUUUACUGGACAGACUUUGUUCUGGAAACGAUUGAAGUCUCCAAAAUGGACGGGAGCCACAGGACUGUGCUGAUCAGUGAAAAUAUAACAAACCCAAGAGGACUAGUGUUAGAUCCCAGAACUGAUGCUCAUGUAAUGUUCUGGACUGACUGGGGCCAAAACCCUCGAAUUGAAAGAGCCAGCAUGGAUGGCAAAAUGCGCACAGUGAUUAUUAAUAAUAAAAUCUACUGGCCCAAUGGACUUUCCAUUGAUUAUCCAAAUAAACUUCUCUAUUUUGCUGAUGCUUAUCUUGAUUAUAUCGAUUUCUGUGAUUACAAUGGAAACAACAGACGACAGGUGGUUGCAAGUGAUCUGAUAUUGCAGCAUCCGCAUGGUCUAACUGUCUUUGAAGAUUUUGUGUACUGGAGUGACCGCUAUACUAAUCGAGUAAUUCGGGCCAAUAAAUGGCAUGGAGGAAACCAGACAGUUAUGAUUUAUAACAUCCACCAGCCUUUGGGUCUUGUGGCAGUCCAUCCUAUAAAGCAGCCUAGUGGUAUUAAUUCCUGUGCAUCAUCCCCCUGUAGCCAUCUCUGCUUACUUUCUUCAUCUGGACCACUUUUUUUUUCCUGUGCUUGCCCUUCAGGAUGGAUCCUUUCUCCUGAUAACAGGAACUGCAUGAGAGUUGAACACCCUUUCCUUAUUGCUGUAAGAGAUAAUAUCAUUUACGGAAUUUCUCUGAAUCCUGAGGAGAAGACAAAUGAUGCUAUGGUUCCAAUAGCAGGGGUUCAAAAUGGUGUUGAUGUUGACUUUGAUGACUCUGAACAGAUGAUUUAUUGGGUUGAAAAUCCAGGUGAAAUUCACAGAGUGAGGUCAGAUGGAGCCAACAGGACAGUUUUUGCUCCAGCAGCUGUUAUUGGUGCUCCUACUGGUCUGGCACUAGACUGGAUAUCUGCAAACCUGUAUUACACUAACCCAGGGACGCAGUCAAUUGAGGUCCUGAAGCUGCAUGGUGACAUAAUGUACAGGAAAACACUGAUUACCAAUGAUGGCACCUCUCUGGGAGCUGGCACACCAAUUGGUUUGGCAGUUGAUCCAGCAAGAGGGAAGUUGUACUGGACAGACCAAGGAACUGACAGUGGAGUCCCAGCAAAGAUUGCCAGUGCAAACAUGGAUGGCUCAGGCAUACAAACACUCUUCACUGGCAACCUGGACCAUGUAGAGUUUCUUACCAUUGACAUUAAGGAACAAAAGUUGUACUGGGCUGUUACAAGCACAGGAAUGAUUGAGAGAGGCAAUAUGGAUGGUACAAAUCGUGUGACUCUGGUGGUUCAUCUUUCUCAUCCCUGGGGAGUUGCUGUCUACGGUACCUUUCUGUACUAUACUGAUCGAGAUUAUGAAGUAAUUGAACGAGUUGACAAGGCCACCGGUGCAAACAAAGUAGUACUGAGAGAUAAUGUCCCAAGACUGAAGAGCCUACGAGUGUAUUACAGAGACAAUUCUGCUGGUUCCACAAAUGGCUGCAGUAAUAAUAUUGGAGUUUGCCAGCAGCUUUGCCUGCCUGUACCUGGUGGAUAUUUCACCUGUGCCUGUGCUACUGGCUUUCAGCUAAAUCCUGAUAACAGAACCUGCUCCCCAUACAGUUCAUUUGUAGUUGUUUCCAUGCUCUCUGCAAUUAAAGGAUUUAGUUUAGAGACAUCAGAUCACUCUGAAGCCAUGGUACCACUGGCAGGAAGAGGACGGAAUGCACUUCAUGUGGAUGUUCACAUGCCUUCUGGUUUCAUUUACUGGUGUGACUUCAGUAGCACAGUGACAUCUCAGAAUGCAAUACGUAAAAUUAAACCUGAUGGUUCUUAUUUUAGAAAUGUUGUUACAAAUGGAAUAGGACGAAAUGGGAUCCGUGGCAUUGCAAUUGACUGGGUAGCAGGAAAUCUUUAUUUUACAAAUGCCUUCCUGACAGAGACUUUUAUAGAAGUUUUGCGCUUAAACACAACUUAUCGCCGUGUGCUUCUGAAAACUACCAUAGACAUGCCAAGGCACAUAGUAGUUGACCCAAAAAACAGAUAUCUCUUCUGGGCUGAUUAUGGGCAAAAUCCAAAAAUCGAACGUGCAUUUCUUGACUGCACCAACAGAACAGUUCUUGUGUCUGAGGGCAUUGUCACACCUCGUGGAUUGGCCAUAGAUCACAGCAAUGGCUAUGUUUACUGGGUGGAUGAUUCCUUAGAUAUGAUUGCAAGAAUUCAGCCCGAUGGUGGUGAUGUUGAAAUUGUACGUUAUGGCAGUCGCUAUCCAACUCCAUAUGGUAUCACUAUCUUUGGCAAUUCCAUGAUCUGGGUGGAUCGAAACCUGAAAAAAGUCUUCCAAGCCAGCAAGCAGCCAGGCAAUACUGAUCAACCAACAGUAAUAAGAGAUAACAUCAAUUGGCUAAGGGAUGUUACAGUUUACAACAGUAAUUUCCAGUCACGUUCUCCCCUUGAUGUCAACAACAAUCCUUGUUUGGACAACAAUGGAGGUUGUUCUCACCUCUGUUUUGCCCUCCCUGACAUUCAGACACCGAAAUGUGGUUGUGCCUUUGGAACACUAGGCAGUGAUGGCAAGAGAUGUUCCAUUUCAACAGAUGAUUACUUGAUUUUUGCUCUUGAAAAUGCCCUCAGAAGUAUCCACCUAGAUCCUGAAAACCACAGUCCUCCCUUCCGCACAGUCAAUGUGUUAAGAACUGCUGUGGCCCUGGAUUUUGACAGCAUAAACAACCGAAUAUAUUUUACACAAAGUUAUCCUUCAGGAACAGGAAGAAUCAGUUAUGUUAGUAUUUACUCAGGAAUUAGCUCUCCAACUGUAGUUGCAUCUGACCUGGGGACUCCAGAUGGCAUAGCCUUUGACUGGAUCAACAACAGAGUUUACUACAGUGACUACCUCAAUCAGACCAUCAGCUCGAUGGCUGUGGAUGGAUCAAACCGCACAGUGAUCGCCCGGGUGCCACGGCCGAGAGCCAUUGUAUUAGAUCCCUGCAGAGGGUAUAUGUACUGGACUGACUGGAGUUCAAAUGCAAAGAUUGAACGAGCUACACUUGGAGGAAACUUCAGAACACCGAUUGUGAGCACAAACUUGGUAUGGCCAAAUGGACUUACCCUGGACUAUGAAGAACAGCAGCUGUACUGGGCCGAUGCAAAUCUGCAGAAGAUUGAGAGAUGCACCCUCACUGGUACAAAUCGUGAGGUAAUUGUUAGCACUGCUUUGCAUCCAUUUGCAAUGACAGUGUUUGAUCAGCACAUAUAUUGGACAGACUGGAACACACGAAGCAUUUAUAGAGCUAAUAAGUAUGAUGGUUCAGAUCAGAUUGUAAUGAUCAUGAAUCUUCCACAAAGACCAAUGGAUAUUCAUGUCUGGGCAAAAAGUAAACAGCAGCAGUGUAUGAACCCUUGCAACCAGUUCAAUGGUGGCUGCAGUCACAUCUGUGCACCAGGUCCAGCUGGUGCAGAAUGUCAGUGCCCCUCUGAAGGUCGCUGGUAUUUAGCCAAUAACAACAAGCACUGUAUUGUGGAUAAUGGUACCAGGUGUGAUACUGGUUUCUUCACAUGCCUUAAUGGACAUUGUAUCUCUGAGCGGUGGAAAUGUGACAAUGACAAUGAUUGUGGUGAUGGCAGUGAUGAGUUGGAAAGUGUGUGUGCUUUCCAUACUUGUCAGCCAACAGCUUUCACCUGUGGCAAUGGGCGGUGUGUACCCUAUCAUUACCGCUGCGAUCACUACAAUGACUGUGGAGAUAACAGUGAUGAGCUUGGCUGCUUGUUCCGAACCUGUGACUCCCACACAGAAUUUACUUGCAAUAAUGGAAGGUGUAUAUCCCUUCAGUAUGUCUGCAAUGGAGUAAACAACUGUUAUGACAAUGGCACCUCAGAUGAGAGGAAUUGCCCGGAGCGUACGUGCCAGUCUGGUUUUACAAAAUGCCAAAGCACAAAUAUUUGCAUUCCUCGAACGUACUUGUGUGAUGGUGAUAAUGACUGUGGAGAUAUGAGUGAUGAGAGUCCUACUCACUGUGUCUCUCUGACUUGCACAAAUAGUGAGUUUCGUUGUACGUCGGGACGUUGUAUUCCUGCUCAUUGGUACUGUGAUCAAGGAAUAGACUGUGCUGAUGGCUCUGAUGAACCUGCCUCUUGUGUGCCCCAAAUGCGGACUUGUUCGAGUGACCAGUUCAGAUGUGAUGAUGGCAGAUGUAUCCCAGCAACGUGGAUCUGUGAUGGUGAUAAUGACUGUGGGGAUAUGAGCGAUGAGGAUCAAAGACAUAAUUGUGCGAACCGCAACUGCACAGCAGCAGAGUUCACUUGUGCCAACAAUCGACCCCCCCUCAGGAGGUGCAUUCCUCGGGCAUGGGUCUGUGACGGUGAUGCUGACUGCGGUGAUGCUCUUGAUGAACACCAGAACUGCACACGAAGAUCUUGCACGGAAAAUGAGUUUACCUGCAGUAAUGGCUUGUGCAUCCGUAACACAUACAGGUGUGAUAGGCGGAAUGACUGUGGUGACAGCAGUGAUGAAAGAGGAUGCAUCUAUGAACCAUGUCAACAGCACCAGUUUACUUGUCAGAAUGGGCGCUGCAUUUCCAAAGCCUACAUCUGUGAUGGGGAUAAUGACUGUGGUGAUGAAUCUGAUGAGCUGGAACAUCUCUGUAGUACACCAGAAGCAACCUGCUCUCCCCAUCAUUUUAAAUGUGACAAUGGAAACUGCAUUGAGCUGGUUAAAGUCUGCAAUAGAUUGGAUGAUUGCUUAGAUAACAGUGAUGAAAAAGGAUGUGGUGUAAAUGAAUGCAGUGACCCUUCAAUCAGUGGAUGUGAUCAUGACUGUACAGACACACAGACAAGUUUCUACUGUACUUGUCAUCCCGGAUACAAACUUAUGUCUGAUAAACGGACUUGUGAUGAUAUUGAUGAGUGCAAUGAAACUCCAUCAGUAUGUAGCCAGAUUUGUGAGAACACAGCUGGCUCCUACAUCUGUAAGUGUGCCCCAGGCUAUAUCCGGGAGCCUGAUGGAAAAAGUUGCCGGCAAAAUAGUAAUAUCUCCCCAUACCUUAUUUUUAGCAACCGUUACUAUCUGAGAAAUCUCACAGCAGAUGGCCAGUCUUACUCUCUCAUUUUGCAAGGACUGAGAAAUGUGGUGGCACUGGACUUUGACAGGGUGGAAAAGAGGUUAUACUGGAUUGAUGUGGGGAGGAAUGUCAUUGAACGAAUGUUCCUAAAUGGGACAAAUAAGGAGACAGUGAUAAGUGAUGAUGUGCCCAACGGGGAAGGUAUCGCUGUUGACUGGGUUGGCAGAAAAUUAUACUGGGUGGAUGCCUACCGAGAUUGUCUCUAUGUCUCUGAACUUGACGGAAGAUUCCGGAAAAAACUGGUGGAUCGGUGUGUUGAUGCCAACAAUACUUUCUGCUUUCAGUAUCCCAGAGCAGUUGUUGUUCAUCCAAAAUAUGGACAGAUUUACUGGACAGACUGGGCAGAUCGAGCCUAUAUUGGACGAGCUGGCAUGGAUGGCAAGGAGAAGACUGUAAUCAUCUCUGCAAAGUUGGAGUGGCCCAAUGGACUUACCAUAGAUUACACCAAUGACAAGCUCUACUGGACAGAUGCCCAUCUAAAUUAUAUUGAGUACUCUGACCUGGAUGGGCAUCAUCGUCACACGGUAUACGAUGGGACUCUACCUCAUCCCUUUGCAAUAACAAUUUUUGAGGACACAAUAUAUUGGACUGACUGGAACACAAGGACAGUUGAAAAGGGAAAUAAAUAUGAUGGAUCAGAAAGGACUGUUCUUGUGAAUACCACGCACAGACCAUUUGACAUCCAUGUUUACCAUCCAUACAGACAACCAUUUGUUAAUAAUCCUUGUGGCACCAAUAAUGGUGGUUGUUCCCAUCUUUGCCUAAUAAAAGCUGGUGGUCAGGGCUUUUCCUGUGAAUGUCCUGAUAACUUCAUGGUCAUACAGUUUGGCAAUACAGCCCACUGCCUUCCAAUGUGCUCUAGCACCCAGUUUCUCUGUGCAGACACAGAAAGGUGUAUUCCCAUCUGGUGGAAAUGUGAUGGACAGAAGGACUGUCGAGAUGGCUCAGAUGAGCCCCCAACCUGUCCGCACCGGUACUGUCCUGUGGGGCAGUUCCAGUGCAAUGAUGGGAACUGCACAAGUUCACAUUUCUUAUGCAAUACCCAGCCAGAUUGCCAUGACAGAUCAGACGAAGAUCCUGUACUUUGUGCCAAUCACCAGUGUGAAACUCAUCAGUGGCAGUGUGCCAACAAACGAUGUAUCCCAGAAGCCUGGCAGUGUGAUAGAGAGGAUGACUGUGGUGACAACUCGGAUGAAGAUAGUGCUCACUGUGCCAGUAGAACCUGUCCCCCAGGCCAAUUUAAAUGUGACAAUGGCCGCUGUAUCCCGCAGUCCUGGAAGUGUGAUGUGGAUGAUGAUUGUGGUGACAACUCUGAUGAGCCAUUCCACGAAUGCAUGGGACCUGCUUAUCGAUGUGACAAUCACACACAAUUCAGCUGUAGAACCAACUACCGUUGUGUACCACAGUGGGCAGUGUGCAAUGGGAAUGAUGACUGUAGAGACAACAGUGAUGAACAAGGCUGUGGUAAGUUUGGAGAAGCCCUCAGUAAUAAUGUUCCUGGGCAAAGACUAUGCUAAUGUGUGCUGUUUUCUUGUCAAACUGUCUACAUUUCAGAGGAGAUGACUUGCAGUCCUUCUGGAGAUUUCCGUUGUGACAAUCAUCGAUGUAUCCCACUGCGCUGGAAGUGUGAUGGAGAUGAUGACUGUGGAGACAACUCUGAUGAGCAUAACUGCAGUCCUCGUGAGUGCACAGAAAGUGAGUACCGUUGUGACAAUCUGCGCUGCAUUCCUUCCCGGUGGAUCUGCGACCACGAUGACGACUGUGAAGACAAUUCGGAUGAACGUGACUGUGAGCUGAGAACCUGCCACCCAGGUUAUUUCCAGUGUGAUAGUGGACACUGUGUUGCAGAGCGUUUCAGAUGUGAUGGAAAUGCAGACUGCCUUGAUUUCUCUGAUGAAGCAACUUGUCCAACGCGGUAUCCUAAUGGUACAUAUUGUCCACCCAUGCUGUUUGAAUGCAAAAACCAUGUCUGUAUUCAGCCAUACUGGAAAUGUGAUGGAGAUAAUGAUUGUGGAGAUGACUCUGAUGAAGAACUUCACCUUUGCUUGGAUAUUGCUUGUGACUCUCCAUUCCGUUUCCGGUGUGAAAACAAUCGCUGUAUAUACAGUCAUGAGCUGUGCAACCAGGAGGAUGACUGUGGAGAUGGAAGUGACGAGAAAGAGGAACACUGUAGAGAGCCAACACCAAGGCCUUGUAAAACUGAAGAAUUCAAGUGCAGUAAUGGAAACUGCAUUCCCCUACAUUAUGUCUGUGACAAUUACGAUGACUGUGGAGACCAUUUUGAUGAAAUAGGCUGCAAUCCUGGAUCAGAGCGAACUUGUGCAGAAAAUAUCUGUGAACAUAACUGUACCAAUCUGAAUGAAGGAGGCUUUAUCUGUUCCUGUAGGCCAGGGUACAAGGCCAGUGAAAAUAAUCGCAACUCCUGUGAAGAUAUCAAUGAGUGUGAGAUCUUUGGAACAUGCACCCAGGACUGCAAGAAUUCCAAAGGAAGCUAUGAAUGUUUCUGUGCAGAUGGCUUCAGGUCUGUGGGUGAUCAACAAGGGAAACAGUGUGCAGCUGAUGGUAAUCCUCCAUUGUUACUGCUGCCAGAUAAUGUGCGGAUUCGAAGGUACAAUAUCUCAUCAGAACAGUACUCUGACUAUAUUGAUAACCAGGAGCGCAUCCAGGCUCUGGAUUAUGACUGGGACCCUGAAGGGAUAGGCCUGAGUAUUGUGUACUUCAGCAUUCUGGGACAAGGUUCUGAGUUUGGAGCCAUCAAACGUGCUUAUCUCCCUACAUUUGACAGCAGUAGGAACAAUCCAACGAAGGAAGUUGACUUGAAUCUCAAAUACAUAGUUAAUCCUGAUGGGUUAGCUGUUGACUGGGUUGGAAGACAUCUUUACUGGACUGAUGCAGGGACUAACCGCAUAGAGGUGGCAAAAUUAGAUGGACGGUAUAGAAAAUGGCUUAUUUUUUCUCACCUGGAUCAACCAGCAGCUAUUGUGGUCAAUCCAAAACGUGGGCUCAUGUAUUGGACUGACUGGGGAAGGCAGCCAAAAAUUGAAUGUGCCUGGAUGGAUGGACAACAAAGACAAACUCUGGUCUCUGAAGACCUUGGCUGGCCAACUGGUCUUUCUAUUGAUUAUUUGAACAAUGAUAGGAUCUAUUGGAGUGAUUCUAAAGAAAAUAUAAUUGAAUCCAUGAGACCUGAUGGGACAGACAGAACCAUUGUACUACAUGGAGAAGUAGGCAGUCCAUACAGCCUUGAUGUCUUUGAAGGCCAUUUAUAUUGGAUAGCUAAAGAAAGAGGAGAAGUCUGGAAGAAGGAUAAAUUUGGGAAUGGAGAAAAAGUGAAAGUUCUGACUGUAAAUCCGUGGCUUACCCAAGUGCGCAUCUAUCACCAGCACAGAUACAACCAAUCAGUGCCUAAUCCUUGUAAAGAUGUCUGCAGCCACCUCUGCUUGCUGAGACCAGGAGGAUACACCUGCUCAUGUCCUCAAGGGACUCGGUUCCUAGAAGGCAGCAGCACGGAAUGUGAUGCAGCUAUUGAAUCCCCUCCCACAAUGCCGCCAGCUUGCAGGUGCAUGAAUGGUGGAACGUGCUAUAUAGAUGAAAGCAGUCUCCCCAAAUGCAAAUGUUCUUAUGGAUACACUGGGAAUUAUUGUGAAAUAGGAUUGUCAAAAGGAGUCCCUCCUGGAACAACAGCAGUAGCAGUGUUGCUGACAGUCAUACUGAUCAUCAUAAUUGGAGUGUUAGCAGUUGGAGGCUUUUUUAACUACAGACGUACAGGCUCCCUUUUACCAGCGCUUCCAAAACUACCAAGUUUAAGCAGUCUUGUAAAAUCUAAUGAAAAUGGCAAUGGGGUAACUUUCCGAUCUGGAGCAGAUGUGACUAUGGACAUAGGAGUCUCUGGCUUUGGGGGAGAUUCUGCUAUAGACAGAGCAAUGCAAAUGAAUGAAAACUUUGCAGUGGAGUCGGGGAAACAACCAAUCACGUUUGAAAAUCCAAUGUAUACAACCAGAGAUGGUGGAGCCAGCACAGCUGGUGCAGUUACAGUCAUUCGGCCAACACUUGUAGCAGGAGCUGGUAGUGGGGAAAAUGAAAAUUUUGAAAAUCCUGUUUAUUCCUCUGUGAUAUCUACUAGCCCGAAGGAAACCCCUCAGAGUACAGAUGCACCUCCGGAAUCAAAGUGGAGUUUCUUCAAGAGAAAAAAGAAGCAAAACACUAAUUUUGAAAACCCAAUAUAUGCAGAGAUGGAAAAGGAGCAGCAACAGGACACAGAAAAUGUCCCUACCCAUUCUCCUUCACUGCCUCCCAAGAUUAUUCUGAAGAGAGACCAACCACUAGCUUACACAGCAACAGAGGAUACAUUUAAAGACACCGCCAACCUUGUUAAAGAGGACUCUGUGGUGUAACUAGGUAACUCAUUUAGGGAAAAUUAGACACAUCCAUUUGCACGUAUAUUUUUUAUAAACAGAAGAGUAAGGUUCACAUUCAAAUGCUUUAUAAAAAUAUAUACAUCUCUUAGCUAGUGGCUGGAGAUGUAUGUUGAAACUAUGCCUUGUUUUUUUGACAAAUGCCAAUUUCUAUUUUUAUGAACAAUUAUCGUGAUGUACUAUAUGUAUAUCUUUGCACUGAAGCUGUCUGAAAGUAAUGUUAUAAAUAUAUUGUACAUUUGUAAAUUUUUCUGAGAUUAUCUUGUUCAGUGAUGUUGCUAGUAGAAAUUUGUAUGGAAUUGGUCAUAUA